AUGUCGAAUAAACUUCCUAUUCCACGCUUACGACGCGAAGUGCGGGAAAGUGGAGGACGACGGACCAGUCGGGCUUGCAACUCUUGUAGACAACGGAAAAUCAAAUGUGAUGGCAACCGGCCUACUUGCUCCCUUUGUCAUGCCCAAGGCUUAAACAACUGCUUUUAUUCGGAUGUCAAAGCUGUUCGACAGCAAAAAGAUCUAGAAUUGAUGAGGAUGAAGGUUGAGAGCUAUGAGGAACUGCUUCGAAAUAUUUCCCUAGAACUUGAGGGACCAACCGCUGAGCAGGUUGCGAAAGUACUUGAAAACCUAAGUCAUGCAAACUCUAAAGAGCAUCAAAACAGGCGUUCUAGUGUCUCGUCCUCGUCCUCGUCCUCGAUCGGUUCUUUGGACGCAAUUGAUGUUGUGAAGGAGGACCUUAAUCGGACUGAAAAAAGCAGGGCGACUGGGCAUAUGGGGAAGAAUUCUGAAGUUACGUGGAUGCAGCGCUUGGACUGCGAAGCUACGAAGCAGAGUGACAGAGAAGCCUCUCCAAAUAAGACCCUAUGGCACCAGCUUCCAAUUGACGAUUCAAUUGCAUCAAUGAACUACAACCUCGAUUAUCAAACUAUCCCAAAUUUGAAUGUAUCCAAUGCUUUUAUCUUGCCACCAAAAUCACUAGCAGAUCAGUUACUUCAAAUCUAUUUGACGAAGGUUGACAUUUCUUUCCCGUUCAUUCGACGGGACCUCUUUAUUGCCCAGUACGACCGCUGUUACUCCGGGAUCCUUAUAAACCCUGGCAGAAAAUGGCUGGGCAUUUUCAAUAUGAUUUUUGCCAUCGGUUGCGCUAUUUGUCGACUUUCUGAACAGAAUCUACAGCAUAUCGCCGAGGAAAAUCUUUUUUUGGCACGGGCUAAAUCUCUGAGUCUUUCAGAGAGCGUUCUCUAUGAUCAUGAUGAUCUGCAGCAAGUACAGGCCGAAGCUCUGUUAGCAUUUUACUUCAUGGUCGUAUCACAGAUAAACAGAUCAUGGAAAAUCAUUGGCAUUGCGGUACGCUCGGGUAUCGCGCUAGGGCUCAAUCUUCAGCAAAAGUCCAGCCAACAUGAUUUGAAAUCAGACGAAGCUCGCAAGCUACUGUGGUGGUCGAUUUUCCGUCUAGAGAAUGUUCUUUCUGUCAUGACCGGGAGAGUUUCCUGCCUCGGAAGUGCUUUUUGCUCCACACCCCCACCACUUCUCGGGCUAGUUCUGGGAUCUUACGAAUCGGAUAUCCGCCAAUCAAUCUACGAAACCCGAUGGACUAUAGAGUUGGGAAUGGAGCAAAUGGAUUCUCAGAGGAGACUUUUGCAGUCACUGACCCCUAGCCCAUCCCUCUAUUCUUUCUAUAUAGUAGACCUGUCUUUGAUCGUCCAUGCCAUCACUAAUGAAGUAUAUGCGAUCGACAGUUCCCGGGCAGGCCGAGCGCGGGUCGAAAGCCGCAUAGCUUUUUAUAGCAAAAAGGUGGAUUGCUGGAUAUCGAAUUUACAUCCUUCGUUCAGUUUCCAAGAUAGUCAAGGUAAUCCGCAACUGAGAAUCAGCUCGCCCUUCCAAAUUUCCCUCGCCUUGAAUUACUACAGUGCCCGCAUCGUGCUUAAUCGACCCUGUCUCAACAGCCAUGCAAUUGAAAGAAGCGGCUCACAGCCUUCUCGUUCCCGAUGUGCCAAUAUGACCGCCCUCAACUGUCUCCGUGCGUCCCUGGCUGUCAUGGCACUACUACCAGAUCAACCGGACCUGACUUGGUGUUACGAAGUCGUGCAGUGGUGGGAUCUAUUGCAUCUUCUCACCCAGGCAAUUGUAAUUUUACUCCUCGAUAUUUCGAUUGGCCCAGUGCCGACGACGUCAGAUGAACGUGCAGUGUCUGUUGAAUCGCAGGAUUUGGUUUGGACUAGCGCAGUAAAAGGUCUUUCUUGGCUGCAUUGUCUGGGAAGGACUUCGGAGGCCGCUCGACGGGCUUUUCAGUUCUUCGACAGCUGUAUUCGCCGCAUAGCCCCUGCUAAAAACCUUGACCUGAGGAGCAUCCCCUCGACCUUAGGGUCAUUUCAAACUUCCCGUGAUCCGAACUUCCCAUGGCUUCGAGAUUCACCCGAAGAGAAUGCAAUGACACCUCAGCAAGAAACGCAAGUCUCUGAUGAUCAGGAAUAUUUAAAGUCAACAGACUCGCCCAACCUUUCUAGGCACGGCGAUGCACACGACAGCACACGACCUCAAGAUCCAGAGGAGGCUCAGUCUCCUAUGAGUAGAAUGUCAGGCGCCUCAGUAGUGCUCGACACUGACACAAUUAUGUCGGGGGUCAUCUCAAAUUCCGACGCCAAUAUCGAAGAUUUGCUGCUGUCCAUGGUGGGCUCUAAUGCAUGGUCAUAUCUUUCGUCCUCUUGA